AUGGAGCCCCAGGCCCCCGGUGUGCAGUACAGCAGGUGGGAGGAGGUCAGUGUGGGCGCUGGGCCCAGCCCAGAAGAGGCCUCCUGCUGGGAGAGGCUCUCCCAGGAGCUGUGCUCGGGCAGGCUGGGCGCCACCCUGAGGAUGCUGGGAGGCCUGGCCCUCUUCUGGGUCAUCUUCAUCCUGGGCUACAUCACCGGCUACUUCGUCCACAAGUGCAAAUAG